AUGGACCCCAAGGACCGCAAGAAGAUCCAGUUCUCGGUGCCCGCGCCCCCCAGCCAGCUCGACCCCCGCCAGGUGGAGAUGAUCCGGCGCAGGAGACCAACCCCUGCCAUGCUGUUCCGGCUCUCAGAGCACUCCUCACCAGAGGAGGAGGCCUCCCCUCACCAGAGAGCCUCAGGAGAGGGGCACCACCUCAAGUCGAAGAGACCCAACCCAUGUGCCUACACACCCCCCUCGCUGAAAGCCGUGCAGCGCAUUGCUGAGUCUCAUCUGCAGUCCAUCAGCAACCUGAGCGAGAACCAGGCCUCAGAGGAGGAGGAUGAGCUGGGGGAGCUGCGGGAGCUGGGCUACCCAAGAGAGGAAGAUGAGGAGGAGGAGGAGGAGGAUGACGAAGAGGAGGAGGAGGAGGAGGACAGCCAGGCUGAAGUCCUGAAGAGCAGCAGGGGGCCUGCUGGGCAGAAGACAGCUUGUGGCCAGGGUCUGGAAGGACCCUGGGAGCGCCCACCCCCUCUGGAUGAGCCCCAGAGAGAUGGAAGCUCCAAGGAACAAGUGGAAGACCUGGCACUGAAUGAGCCUGGGGAGGAGCCACAGCGCCCCGCCCACCCUGAGCCUGGCACAUAGGCACCCGGCCUUGCAUCGCUCAGAAGGAAGUGGAGGGGGCAUUGCUGUUCCCCAGAUACCCACUCUGUCCCCACCCUAUUUUGUACCCUUCCCCCUCACUCGCUAG